GGAUCUCGAGGGCCACUCACCCCACUGUAUACAAGAAGGCGGCCCGGAACUGCCUUUCGCCUUUGCGGUGGUGGCUGCGGGACAAGACGGGAUAAUGGCGUCACCUGCGUCCUCCUGGGCUACGCACCGUCUGACAUCACUAGGAGGCGCCCUCAAGGGGCGCUGCGCGCAGGUUCCGGAGGCUUCUGGGUAGCGAAUUAUCCCCGCCCCCCGCACCGGCGCCUUCCUUUCCGUGCCUAACGCCGCCGAAGUCGCACGCGCGAGGCUUCUCCGCCGCCGCCAAGAUGCGCUACGUUGCCUCCUACCUGCUGGCCGCUCUCGGGGGCAAUUCCUCCCCCAACGCCAAGGACAUCAAGAAGAUCCUGGACAGCGUGGGCAUCGAGGCAGACGACGACCGGCUCAACAAGGUCAUCAGUGAGCUGAACGGAAAGAACAUCGAGGACGUCAUUGCCCAGGGUAUUGGCAAGCUGGCCAGCGUCCCAGCUGGCGGGGCUGUGGCCGUCUCUGCUGCCCCAGGAGCUGCAGCUCCUGCUGUGGGUUCUGCCCCAGCCGCAGAGGAGAAGAAGGAGGAGAAAAAGGAGGAGUCAGAAGAGUCAGAUGACGACAUGGGGUUCGGCUUGUUUGACUAGAGCCCACACCCGUGCAAAUAAAAACCUGUUGACGUA